GUCUCCUGCCCCAAAAAGUUUCUCAUUUAUUAUCACGAAACUUUCAUUUUCCAGGAAAACCCGUACGAAAAUUUUCUUUCUUUCUCUCUCUCGUAGUCUUCCUUUUCAUUGUUUUUUCCUCUCUAGAAACCCUAGCUUUCUUCGUAAACUUUUGCUGCUGCAUUCCGGAUCCUUCGAAUUAUGGCUUCUGGAUCGUCCGGCAGAGCCAAUUCGGGAUCCAAGGGUUUCGAUUUCGGCUCCGACGACAUUCUCUGCUCGUACGAGGACUAUUCCCACCAGGACACUACCAAUGGUAGCCACAACGACGCUGUGAUGAAUUCUAGCUCUCUCAAGGAUUUUCAUAAAAGCAGAAUGGGAAGAUCAUCUAUGUUCCCUACGCCUGCAUAUGGCCAGCCAGAAGAUUCUUUCAACCAAGAAGUGAUCUCUACCGUAGAAAGGAGUAUGAAGAAGUAUGCUGACAACCUUAUGCGUUUUCUGGAAGGAAUCAGUUCACGGCUGUCGCAGUUGGAAUUGUAUUGUUACAAUCUUGAUAAAACAAUUGGAGAAAUGCGAUCUGAUUUAGGUCGUGAUCAUGGAGAGGCAGAUUCGAAGCUUAGGUCUCUUGAAAAACAUCUUCAAGAAGUCCACAGGUCUGUACAAAUCCUAAGAGACAAACAAGAACUUGCUGAGACACAGAAAGAACUAGCUAAACUUCAGCUUGUCCAGAAAGAAUCUUCUUCAUCAAGUCAUUCACAAGGUAAUGAGGAGAGAACUUCAUCACCCAUCUCUGAUCCCAAGAAGACUGAAAACACAUCUGAUGCUCGAAACCAGCAAUUGGCUCUUGACCUGCCCCAUCAAGUAGCACCACCACAGCAGGCUGUGGCACCUCUCCCGCAGGCCCCAUCUCAGAAUGUGUCUCAGCAACAAUCUUAUUAUUUGCCUUCUACUCAGUUACCAAAUCCACCACCCCCAACGCAACACCCUCAUAAUCAAUAUGUACCUUCUGAAUCCCAGUACCGGGCAUCUCAAUUACAAGACGUCCCUAGGGUGGCACCACCACCAACACAACCUCAGGUGAAUCAGACACCAUCAGUCCAGCAUUUUCCUCAGUAUCAGCAGCAAUUGCCGCAGCAGAUGCCUCAGCAGGUUCCUCAGCAAGUGCCUCAGCAGGUGCCUCAGCAAGUGCCUCCACAAGUGCCUCCACAAGUGACUCAGCAGGUGCAAUUGCCGCAGCAAUCCUCUAUGCAGAGCCAUAUCAGAACCCCAUCGCCAGCCAUCUAUUCAUCCUACCCACAAAAUCAGCCUACAAAUCCGUCUUCAGAGGCUCUUCCAAGCAGCAUGCCCAUGCAAGUGCCAUUUUCAGGAAUUACCCAACAGGUAUCUGGUCGUGCUGAAGCCAUGCCCUAUGGAUAUAGUGGUGCAGGUAGAACUGUACCGCAGCAAUCCCCUCCUCAGCAAAUGAAAGGUGCAUAUGGAGCACAACCAGGUGACGGUUAUGCAGCUUCUGGACCCCAUCCUGCGCUUCCUCCAGGGAGUACAUAUAUGAUAUAUGAUACUGAAGGAGGAAGAAGUCAUUAUCAACCUCAAGUUCCUCGCUUUACUCAAGGUGGAUAUCCCCCUAUGAGUGUCCCUCUUCAGAAUCCUCAACCAGCCUCUGCCCCUACUAUGGUCCGGAACCCACAGUUUUUUCAAAACCACCCCUAUGGUGAUUUGAUUGAGAAAUUGUCGAACAUGGGCUUCAGGGGUGAUCAUGUUGCAAGUGUGAUUCAGAGGAUGGAGGAUAGCGGCCAACAUAUUGAUUUUAAUGCCGUGCUGGACAGGCUGAGUAUGCAUUGAAGGGACAGGCUGAGUAUGCAUCGAAGGUGAAAGGAUUAUUCCAUCAUAGCCUCCAAUUUCGGUGGUAAUUAUUGCGUGUUUUAUUAUGCAUCGAAUAAAGGAUGAUAUAUUGUGCCCCAUGUUCUCGUAAAUAUGGUUUCAGAGAUGCAAAGUUUAUUGUAAAUCUGUGCUCUAAUUCCAAGACUUGCUUAUGGUUGUUUUUUUUAAGGCCAUGCUUUAAUAUCUAGCAAUAGAAACACUUUUCUUUAGAGAACUUUUGUCCAUUCCUUCCCUUGCAGAAUAUGUCCCACAACCUGUUAGUUUUAAGUACUUUGAUCUGUACUUUAAUUUCAUGUAUGCCAUGCAUGGGUGAACCAAUGCAGACCUGGUAAUGUCUAAUAUGAGGUGUUAGCUUCAUGUGUUCA